AUUAAUAACACAACAAGAGGUCCUAAAGCCUCUUCCCAGCUACACAAUGUGUCCCUUUACCCUCUCACGUUUCUGUUAUUCAAAGCAAGGACCUCUCCUUGCUGCACAUUGAGUCUCUCCAUCAACUCUCUUUCUUCAUUGUGCCUUUUGAUCCUCAGAUUCACUGCCGGACACCUGAACACUCCCUGGCAUGUCUGACAACGAGGAAGUGGUGGAGGAGUAUGAGGAGGAGGUGGAAGAAGAGCAGGCUGCUGAAGAGGCUGUGCAGGAAGAGGACCAACCUGCUGCAGAAGAGGAGGCCAACGAAGAACAAGAUGCAGAAGGCGAAGCGGAGGAAGGAGAAGAGGAAGAGGCUAAACCAAAGUUCAAGCCAUUUAUCAUGCCCAAUCUCAUCCCCCCUAAGAUCCCAGAUGGAGAGAAAGUGGAUUUUGAUGAUAUACAUCGUAAAAGGAUGGAGAAGGACCUGAUGGAGCUUCAGACUUUGAUCGAGGUUCACUUUGAGAGCAGAAAGAAGGAAGAAGAGGAGCUCAUUAAUCUCACGGAUAGGAUUGAGAAGCGCCGUUCUGAGCGAGCAGAGCAGCACAGAAUCCGCAGUGAGAGAGAGAAAGAGCGACAGAAGCGUCUGGAGGACGAGAGAACUCGUAAGGAGGAGGAGGAGGCAAAAAAGAAGGCAGAAGAUGACGCUAAGAAGAAGAAAACCCUCACCAGCCUCCACUUUGGAGGCUACAUGCAGAAGUUGACAGAAAAACGGAGUGGUAAGAGGCAGACUGAAAGAGAAAAGAAGAAGAAGAUCCUGAGUGAAAGACGCAAAUCUCUGGACAUUGAGAACAUGAACCAGGAAAGACUCAAGGAGAAAGCUAAAGAGCUGUGGGAGUGUAUGUACCAGCUGGAGGCAGAGAAGUUUGAACUGCAGUACCAGUUGGCCAGCCAAAAAUAUGAGAUUAAUGUGCUGAGGAACCGUGUGAGUGACCAUCAGAAAAAUUCCAAGAGGACCAAGAGAGGCCUAAGGAAAUAGACGCUGACCUGCUGAGUAAGCAGUUUAACCAUCAGAGCCAUCUUGCAGCUACCACCUAAAACCAAGCCCUGGCUUUCCUGCCACACCCCAGUCCCACCUGUUUCCCUAAUACUAUCACCUACUGAACCAAUUAUAUCCAGAUUUCCAGCUCCACCUCACUGUUUUCCCUCCUCUUUGGAUCCUUUGUCUUUAAGGGGGUGUAAAUAAAACCAUCUCAGUUCAAUCAAUAGCUUCUUUCAUUUUCAGACCUCUGAGCGUGGGUGCAUCAGUUUAUUUACUGGCACUUAAAACUCAACAGAGAGUAACAUGACCCUGCAGUGCAUUCAAGACUUGAAUGCAGAAAGCCUGAAGCCAAAGACAGGAAGAGGUAUCUUCUUACUCAGACAGGCUAUGACAUGACAGGGAAAUGCUGCUCCUUGGGCCAACGCCCAGACCUCCACCCAACACACACAAACUGAAAGAGAAUGAAUCAUUUUAAUUUACAAGGGAAUCCAGGUGGGAAAAUCCUCUUUAUGAAAAAAAAGUCCCUCCUCCAACUGUUUUCAAAGUCA